CUUGGCUUAUGAGAAAGUUUCAAUCCCAUACUCGUAAUAUUGAGAAUGCAAAGUGAACAGGCAUAAUGUUUGUCUUUCAACCCCGUUGCAUGUAAUAACAUUUUUUUUUUAAAAGCGCUCUAAAGAAGAGAACUGCUUUGCAAAGCUGUGAUUCGCGCCUAAAAUAACACCAAGUAUGCAAGGACAAAACGCAGACACUCACCAUCAGGCGGAGGCCCGCAAUCAACAACGACAACUUUCCCAUUCUAUCGACAGCGGUUGGACUACCCAGAACCUCGAAGGCGGAGGCCAGCACACCUCAAACCGUCGUCAUCCUCUCGUGCAGCUCGCCCCACUUCAUUCCGAAUACAAGUUAUCGGAGUUAUCUGACGUCAUAUGCUCUCAUCGAACAUCGCAUUUUAUGCCAUUAGUACAUCGUGCUAUUCGCGGCUCAAAGAAUUGGAACUCAAUAAUUUCCUAUCCACUCUUCAUCGAAUAGGGAUCAUCUGGAGCACAGAUGCUGCAGCCUUCGAUGAUAUUCGAUAACAUUCCAUCUGUUAGACCACCGAUUCGUUGGUCAAUAAAUUAUAAUUCUAACAUUUAA